AUGCAGAAGCAACCACCUGGUGAACUGAGGGUAUUUGCCUACGCUACUACGUCAAUGACCGUAACAGAAUGUCGCUAUGCCCAAACUGGAAAAGAGGCGUUGGCUAUCACGUGGGCACUAGAACACUGGGUACACUUUUUGGCCGGAAUGAAAUUUAAAGUUCAAAUAGAUCACAAGCCAUUAAUUCCGCUGUUUUCCACCAAGCUUAUCGAUGAGCUCCCAGUGCGCAUUCAACGCCUCCGAAUGAGACUCAUGAGAUCCGACUUUACAAUCGAACACGUUCCUGGUAAGUCCUUGUACACAGCCGACUCACUGUCCAGAUCUCCUCAGGACAACGAAGGCCAUGCGUUCAAGUCAUGGAAUUAUUUACACGCCGAAGUAGAGGGCUACGUGAAUGCAGUACUUGUCACGUUACCGGCGUCGGAUCAGCGACUGGAUGAGAUCUGCCGUGAGCUGAACAGUGACAAUACCCUGAAACUUGUGAUGCAGUAUGUACAUAACGGGUGGCCUUACGAAAAACGCCGCGUUUUUGGACCUGUGGCAAAGUACUGGAGUGAACGCGGUACUCUUUCCCUCUACAAUGGGUUACUUCUGAGAGGACGUCGAGUUAUUAUUCCCCCCAAAUUAAGGCUAGAUGUAUUGAUACGUCUACAUGAUGGACACCAAGGUUUAACCAAGACGCGCGCAAAUGCUGCUUCGUCAGCCUGA